GCGAAAAUGCGAUGACAGCUUUGAAAGCCCGACGUCUACUUCUGCCCAAAUAUCUGCCAUUUUUCUGGUUCCGAAGUGGAAAAUUGGCUUGCUCGAUACCCAUGCGAUGGCUCCAACUCAAGAUGACCCAACCCCAGCCUCGGCUGCUGCAGCUCCCCAUGAACCGCCGUACGUCUACACUCCCAACCAGGGUUACGCCCCCACAGAACCCCUCCCUCGAGAGCUCGCAAAUUCGACCCCUCGGAACGGCGAAUUCGUAGACGAAAACGAAGAUGGGGAUGACCUCGAGGACAUCUUUGACGAAGACGACUUCCAAGACGAAGACUGGGACCCGCAGGCCGGCGAUCUCACCAAGACAUACAACCGCCAGCGCCAGUUCAACCCCCCUAACAGCAACAGCAACAGCCGAGCCGACGGCCUCGCUUCGUUGCCCCGUGCGAACACCCAGAAGCCCUCGGCAAACACCUUUUCCAGCGUCGAUGACCAGAUCUCCGCCCUGUCGAGACAUGCCGCCAAGAUCAGGCUCGACAAUGUCAAGCAGGGCCAGGACAGGGAGAAGGACAAGGCGGACCGCGCCACGGCCGAGCUGGUGCUGGACCAGCGGACUCGCAUGAUCCUGCUGCAGAUGAUCAACCGCGGCGCCGUCAGCGAGAUUCACGGCGCCAUCAGCACGGGCAAGGAGGCGAACGUCUACGGCGCCGUCCUGCACCCCGAGGACGGCGGCGCCCCCAUCCAGAGGGCCAUCAAGGUGUACAAGACGUCGAUCCUCGUUUUCAAGGACAGGGAGCGCUACAUCACCGGUGAGCACAGGUUCAAGGCGGGUGCCGAGAAGGGCAACAACAGGAAGAUGGUCAAGCUCUGGGCCGAGAAGGAGUUCCGGAACCUGAGGCGCUUGCACAUGGCCGGCAUCGCCUGCCCCGAGCCCAUCAAGCUCAAGCUGCACGUCCUGGUGAUGGAGCUCUUGGGAGACAAGAGGGGAUGGGCCUUCCCGCGGCUCCGGGACGCCCAGAUCAACGGGGACGGCGCCGACAGGCAGUGGCACCAGCUCUACGUCCAGCUAUUGGGCAUCAUGCGGAGGAUGUACCAGGUCUGCCGGCUGGUGCACGCUGACUUGAGCGAGUACAACAUCCUGUACAACGACAACCAGCUCUACAUCAUCGACGUCUCCCAGAGCGUCGAGCACGACCAUCCACGCUCGCUCGAAUUCCUCCGGAUGGAUAUCAAGAACGUCGGCGACUUCUUCCGCCGCAAGGGUGUCGACACGCUAGCCGACAGGGCCAUCUUCAACUUCAUCACCGCGCCCGAAGGGCCCGUCGAGGAACCCGGUCUGUCGGCCGCCGUCGAGCACCUCUACGAGACGCAGCCGGCCGCGGCCGAGGACGACCAGGCAGCCGCGGAGCUGGAGGUCGACAACGAGGUGUUCAGGAACCAGUACAUCCCGCAGACGCUGGAGCAGGUGUACGACAUUGAGAAGGACGCGCGGAAGCUCGAUGCGGGGCGGGGCGACGAGCUGGUCUAUCGCAACCUGCUCGCGGACCAGGUCGUCUUGCCCAAGGCAGACGCGGACGGCGGCGAGGAGAAGGGCGAGGGGAGCCAGGAUUCGGAUUCGUCUGACGACGGGGCGCCGCUUGACAGUGACGACAGCAGUGAGGAUGACGAGAGCAGAUUCGAGAAGGGUACGCCGAGAGGGAAGCGUUUUGAGGAUAAGGAUGAGAAGAGGAGCCACAAGCACGCAGUGAAGGAGGCGAAGCGGGAAAAGCGGAAGGAGAAGAUGCCAAAACACCUCAAAAAGAAACUGAUCGCGUCGUCGUCCAGGAAGAAGAAAUAGAUUCCCCCCUCUCCUUUCGCUUUCGGGCCGAGAAUGCCUUAAGCUGAGGCACACGAGACACCUAUCUGGCGUUAUCCGUGCCUGACAUGAGUGAAACCUCCAUCCUACUUGUUCUGCGGGGUGGGAGGCCGCCGGAUGAUGAAUGCAAAUCGCCGCUCGGCGAGGUGGUGCUUCGUUAGUUGUUUUGCCUCUGUGGCUGAACCUCGAGCCCGUCUCGUUCGAGCGGGUCUGAGCAGUCCCCGUAUCAGGGGGCUCUGCUGUGAAGACCAAAGAGAGCACUGACGGCUGGUAUCACGUUUGUUUAUUUGCCCCAUCGUGGAUCUUGUGGUGUGUUACUCAUAGGUACCUAGCCUACUCACUUAGUGUAUCUUAAGUAUAGCACAUAUAUAGCUUCAUAAGAGGGCCCUGGCCCUGUUCCUUCA